UGGAUAAGUCACUUAAGUUGACCCACGAGAAUAUAAAUGAUCAAUUGUAUUUUCAGGGUAGACAUGUACACUGAAGGAAUAAUGGAUAUGUCUAACGUUGGCUUAGCUUAUCCUUUCAAACCUGACAAAGCACAAUUUUGGUCGGAAAACAAAGAAAAAUUGGGCACAAAAUAUUUCUCCGUUUAUGAAAAUAUACUACAGACAACAAACAAUGGUCAUCUUGUCGGCAACAAACAAACAAUGGCCGACGUGUUAUUGUUUGAAUCUUUUGUACAUUACUUGCACAUUGACAAAGACGUACUGAAUAAUUAUCCAAACUUACAGAAAUUUAUGGCUUCUCAAAAAGAAAUACCGUGGGUACAGAAGUUCCUUCAGCCAGGUAGCAACAGAAAACCCUUUCCCGAUGAAAAAUACGUUGCUAUGGUUGCGGAAAUAUUCUUUUCAUAAUUUUGCAUUAACCCGUAUGCAAAGAAGAGCACAAUCAUAAUAUGUAUAUUAUACAUUUAACGCAUAUCAUGUUUGUAGAAUGCAUUACUAUCGUUACACCCACACUAGUUUAAACAGUAAAUGUUACGUUUAGCUCGUUUUAAACGAGACUUUUUUCAAGUGUUUUUUUUAUCAUGUUUCAGUCAAUACUUACAAGUUUCAAUGUUUGAACAAAAUAAACAAUCAAAUGCAUGAUGAUAGUCGUUUACAAUCACAAGCGAAGUUGUCUUUUGAAAACAGUUAAUAGUUUUAUGUCUUUUAGCUUGUCACCCAAUCAAAUUGUUCACAAUAUUAUAACAUGUUACCUACUUUCGUAAUUUAUUGGCAAAAAAACGUGUUUUCUCUUC